AUGUCUGAGGUCGAUGUGGACGGAGGAAGAGACCUGGAUAUCAUCGAUAUCAACGAAGAGGCGAGGCUGGACCUGCUGGAAGGCGACAUUGUGUUUGACGGGAACAGGAACUCCAUCCUUGGGGACCAAUACCGAUGGCCGACCACCGUCCCGUACUACCUGGAGGACAGCUUAGAGAUUAACGCCAAAGGGGUGAUCCUGAAAGCCUUCGAGCAGUACCGGCUGAAGACCUGCAUCAACUUCACACCCUGGGAAGGAGAGAAAAACUACAUCUCCGUGUUCAAGGGCAGUGGGUGUUACUCCUUUGUGGGGAACCGUCAGGUGGGGAGACAGGGCCUGUCCAUCGGCAGCAACUGCGACCGCAUCGCCACGGUGGAGCACGAGUUCCUCCACGCGCUCGGGUUCUGGCACGAGCAGUCGCGGGCGGACCGGGACGACUACGUGACCGUCGUCUGGGAUCAGAUCACCGAGGGGAAGGAGCACAACUUCAACACGUACGACGACGCCGUGUCCAGCGCGCUGAACGUGCCCUACGACUACGGCUCCGCGAUGCACUACAGCAAGACCGCCUUCAACAAGGGCUCCGCCCCCACCAUCGUCACCAAGAUACCCGAGUUCAUGGACGUGAUUGGCCAGCGCAUGGAGUUCAGCGACAGCGACGUGCUGAAGCUGAACCGUCUGUACAACUGCACCACGUCCUCCACCUUCCUGGACACCUGCAGCUUCGAGCUCUCCAACAUCUGCGGGAUGGUCCAGGGCUCGAGCGACAGCGGAGACUGGAUUCGGGUGACGGCGGUCCCAGGCGGGCCCCCUACAGACCACACCAACAUGGGACAGUGCAAAGGCACCGGGUUCUUCAUGCAUUUCAGCACGGCGGCUGGUCGCCCGGGAGACCGCGCCCUCCUGGAGAGCCGGCUGCUCUACCCGAAGCGAGGCUCUCAGUGCCUGCAGUUCUACCUCCACACCAGCGGGGGCGCCCUCGAUCGCCUCGACGUCCGGGUCCGAGAGUACGACCAGGCCAGUCCCCAGGGAACCCUGAGGCACAUAAAGCAGAUCGUCGUGGAGGAUCAUCACUCGUGGGAGCUUCACCAUGUGACCCUGGACGCGCGCAAGAAGUUCCGGGUCGUCUUCGAGGGCACGAAAGGGGAGGGGCCUUCCUCGGGGGGCGGGCUCUCCAUCGACGACAUCAACCUGUCGGAGACGGAGUGCCCCCACCACCAGUGGAGGAUAAGGGACUUCGCCCGGCUCCUGGCCACCACGCCCCCGGGCAAGAAGCUGUACAGCCCCCGCUUCCUCUCCAGGGAGGGCUACACCUUCCAGGUGGGCCUCUACCUCAACGGCACCUCCAGUAGCCCCGGCAACCUGGCCAUCUACUUCUACCUGGUCUCCGGGGAGCUGGACCGCACGCUCCAGUGGCCGUGUCCAUGGAAACAGGUCACCAUGACGCUGGUGGAUCAGAACCCCGACGUCCGUCGCCAAAUGUCCAACCAGCGGAGCGUCACCACCGACCCGGACAGAUACGAAACGGACGCCAAUGGCAACCGGGAGUACUUCUGGGACGACCCCCGGAAAGUGGGGAGCCUGGUCACGGACGAGGACGGGACUCAGUUUUACAGGGGGCCAGGGAGGGGGACGAGCUCCUUCCUCACCCACGGCAGGCUGAAGAGCAGGGACUUCAUCAAGGGGGACGACGCCAUCUUCCUCUUCACCCUGGAAGAUGUGUCCAGGUUCCUGGAGACCCAGCCCCUCCCCCAAGCUGACCCCUGCAGCACAGUGAAUUGUGGGAACCAGGAAGUGUGCGUGCGAGACGGCGAGGUGGCCACAUGCAGGUGCGAGGGAGCAGGGUGCCGGAGGAUCGGCCCGGCCGAGGACCCGCGGCCAACCGCGGCGGCGGCCGGAGCGGCGGCGGCGUCCGUCUGCGCCCUGGUCGCCAUG